AUGUCGGAGUCAGACAGUAAGGAAAAGGAUGUCAACGUCUUCCCCCAUCACGAUGGCGCUAGCCAUACGGAUGAGGAGGUCGGGAUUGUCAACAAGGGCGCUGCGCUCAAGACUGAUCUGAGGGGUCGCCACAUGCAAAUGAUUGCUGUCGGUGGCGCUAUCGGUGCAGGUCUUUUCAUCGGCUCUGGAGGUGCUCUUCACAACGGUGGACCAGCCUCUUUGAUCAUCGGCUAUUUGAUUAUCGGUGUGAUGUUGCUGUUUACCAUGCAGGCCUUGGGCGAACUAGCUGUCUUGUAUCCCGUGAAUGGUGCUUUCUACACCUACGUCGUUCGUUUCGUAGAUCCUUCUUGGGGUUUCGCCGUCGGUUGGGAAUAUGCUAUCGGUUGGCUGACUGUGCUCCCCUUCGAACUCAUCGCUGCUUCUGGUACAAUUACGUUCUGGAGAGAUGACAUCGACUCAGCCGUAUGGGUCACUGUGUUCUUGGUCGUUUUGAUCAUAAUUCAAGUCUUCGGUGUCCGUGGCUAUGGUGAAGUUGAAUUCGUCCUUAGUCUCAUCAAGAUUGCAGCUUGCAUAGGUUUCAUUAUCCUCGGCAUUGUAAUCAACGUGGGCGGUGUCGGUGACAGGGGCUAUUUGGGAGCGAAGUACUGGCACGAUCCCGGCGCGUUCCAGAACGGCUUCAACGGUUUUGCUGGUGUCUUCGUCGUCGCUGCUUUCUCAUUCGGCGGUACUGAGUUGGUUGGCCUUGCAGCUGCUGAGUCAUCCAAUCCCCGAAAAGCUAUCCCUCUCGCAGCUAAGCAAGUCUUUUUCCGAAUCCUGUUCUUCUACGUCGUCAACCUCUUCAUCCUGGGCUUGAUAUUCCCGUCCGAUGAUGAGCGACUAGAGAAUGCGACAGGUUCCAACUCGAGAUUUUCUCCCUUCGUUCUUGCCAUUCAGGAUGCUGGUAUUCAGGUGCUGCCUUCCAUUUUCAACGCUGUGAUCACCAUCUCCGUUGUCAGCGUGGCCAACUCGUGCACUUACGCGUCUACACGAACGAUGCAAGCGUUAGCUGAGCGUGGCAUGGCGCCCAAGCUACUGUCUUACGUCGAUAAACAGGGUCGGCCCCUAGUGUGCGUGAUUAUCCAAUUGGCCUUCGGACUACUCGGUUAUGUAGUCGACGCGCCCAAGGGCGGUGACGCUUUCACUUGGCUUCUGGCCCUCGGUGGUCUUAACUACUUCUUUGUUUGGGGCUCUUGUUGCUUGGCCCAUAUUCGCUUCCGAAUGGCAUGGAAGGCUCAGGGACGCGACCUACGAGAGAUUCCAUACCGGGCACCUUUGGGUGUUUGGGGCAGUUGGAUCGGACUCUUCCUCGUCUUUUUGUGCUUGAUUGCUACAUUUUAUAAUUCUCUAUACCCAACGCCCAAUUCUAAACCCGAAGCCGAAACAUUCUUUGCGGGAUACCUCGCCACAUUUGUUGUGAUAGUACUGUACCUCUUCUGGAAGAUAUGGUCUCGCAAUUGGAAGCUCUAUAUCAACCUCAAGGACAUCGAUCUCGUAUCAGGCUCUCGCCCUCUGGAACCAUCGGAGUACGAAGAUGCACCGGAGCAACAUAGGAGCUGGCCGAUGCGUAUUCUUCGAGCUCUUUUCUAG